GUUUACUUGACUUUGAAGGACACAUGUGGUUCAAAUGAGCAGAGUUUUGCGGUUGGAUGGAGAUCUAUUAAGAGCAACCGUAAACGAGUUGACAAGAGUUACUGAACUUAGAGGAAUACCAUUUUCUAGGUUUACUGAGCUUAAUCGUAUAAUCAAAGGUUUUCGUACGCAAGAAAUGACAAUUUUGUCAGGAAAUACUGGUGUUGGUAAAACGACUUUCAUGUGCGAGUACUCGCUUGAUUUGGCUGAACAGGGAGUUCCGACACUUUGGGGUAGUUUUGAAAUGCCUCUACGGAAAGUGUGUAAGACACUAGUCCAACAGUUCGCAGGUGAGCCACUAGAUCCUCCUAUACCCAGCAGAAUUGCUGAGUGGGCACGUAUGUUUAGCGAAAACGUUCCUAUUUAUUUUAUGAACCUACAUGGGGCUCAAAGUUUGACAGAAGUAUUAAAGACUAUGGAGGUUGGUGUCAAAGAUUCUGGCGUAGAACACAUAGUUAUCGAUAAUUUACAAUUUUUACUAGGCGCCGGUGAUGGUGCUUUCGUGGAACGUUUUCAGCGUCAAGAUCACUUUGUAGAAAAAUUACGUGCUUUUGCCACUGAAAAGGGUACACAUGUUACAAUCGUCGCUCAUCCUCGAAAAGAAGAAAUUGGUCGUCUACUUUCAAUUAACAGUUUAUAUGGUGGUGGUAAAAUUUCUCAAGAAGCAGAUAAUGUCAUGUUCUUGCAAGUGGAUUCAUCUACAUCGAUCCCUAAGAAAUAUUUACAGGUUACAAAUUUGUCAAGGUCAUUUUGAGCGAUACUGCCUCCUCACGGUUCAACUUCAAUAAUAUUAUCAGUAAUAUUUAUUAUUUUAAUUCAUGAUCUAUCUUUUCAAGAAAUCUACACAUUUCAAAUGUAGGUGUAAUUUUGGAAAAUAUUUUUUAGCUAACUAAAAAAAAAUUGAAAUUACUUUAAAAUAAAAGAUUAAAACAACAUUAUAUUAAUCUACUAUUUCUUUUGUCUGACUUGAUUUGUAACACAUCUAUUCAUUUCGUUUGAAAAACUUCACUAGUUUUAAAUUUAUAUUCUUUUGUUAUGCUGAGUAUUUUAUUUUGAGUUUGCUUAAUUUAUGAAUGGAUUGAUUCUAGGGUGUUUUUAAAUGAAUAAAUGUUUAUCAGGAGUGAAUAUAUAUUGCCUUUCUAGUUAUAUGUAUUUAUAUAUGAUCCAAGUUGAGUUGAUAGUCAAUUUAUUUGUAAUGAAGACGGUCACUUACUGUUGCUAAUGUAACUGAUUUUUUUACUACUAUCCUAUGCAUGUUUAGUGAACGAGAACUCAAAUGGGGAAAACCAGUUUAUGUUGUUUAAUGCAAAAUUACAUAGUGUUUUUAUAAAAUAUAAAAAUCAUGCAUCAUUUGCACAUCUUUGCAUUGUCCAUUACCUACUCCAUUAUUCCUCUAAUUCUGUUAUUAUUUUCAUUGCUCUCCGAUUUCCCUUCUGUUUAUUUUUCAAUCCAAUCUUCUGCUGCUAGGCAUUCUGCUUUUGUUUGCAGUCACCUACUACUUAUAUUUGUCAGCAUAAGUAGCAUACACUACACAUGUAUUUGUUCAUCCUUUACAUCAGGCUAUUUUAUUAGAUGUAUUAAUUCAGUAAAUCGAAAACUUUCAUUGUUAUGGUAGAUAUGUGUAUUCAAGUUAUAUAUUUUUAUUAAGUUGGUAAAAAU